GAUUGUGUUGAUAUAAAUUCAGAGACAAAGUUGUAUAGCAUAAUUUAUCCUGAAUUUUUAAAGGCCAAAAAUAAUGAUCUUUUAAAAAUUGGAAUUUUGGACCUUGAAAUGCCAACAUUCAAAAAAGGAAAACUAAUUGAUGUUUAUAAGCAAUUUCGUUUUAAUAUAAAUUCAGUAGAUGUCAGCAAAGAUAUAGAUUCAAUUGUGUUUGAACUUUCCAAAUAUAAUGAUUUUGAGUCUACAUGUAAACUUUUAAAAAAAUUAUAUAAUAAUACAGAAUUGUUUUCUUGUAAAUAUGAAGAUGUAAUGAAAACUUUUGUAAGAAGUUUUUUUGAAAAAAU